AAACCUGAUGCGCCAGCAGACCAACAAUGAGGCUGUGCGGUCAAAACUCGACACGCAGAUGCGCGAGGGCCGGAGAAACCUCGAGUUCUUUGAGGGGAAGCUGCGCGAGCUGCAGAUCCGCCGCAUGGGGUCCGCCGUCGACAACAUGUCCAUCGGCGGCACCACGCUAGGGUCCUUUCGGAGUUCUGACCAGCGCGCCGACGGCGGGGGUCCGCCUGCCCCCCCCCCAAGGACGCAUCGGGCUAUGGGGAUCCCUCGGGCUACGGCGGCCAGGGCCAGUACGGCCAGCCUGGCGGUCCCGGCGGCGAGCUGAUGCCCGCCCACGGGCCCUUCCCCGGCCAGCCCCCCAACUCGGCCAUACCCAAGGCGCGAACCAACUUCACUAAACUCGAUCUUAUCAAAUUCGACACUCCUUAUCUCGGGCCCCGGAUUCAGCUGAUGCUGUCGCAGAUCCAGUUCAAGCUUAAUGUGGAGGAGCAGUAUCUCAAAGGCAUCGAGAAGAUGGUGCAGCUCUACCAGAUGGAGGGCGACAAAAAGAGCCGUGCCGAUGCCGCCGCCCGGCGGGUUGAGAGCAGGCAAAAAAUUGUUAUUCUCAAGCAGGCGCUCAAGAGAUACGAGGAGCUCCAUAUUGACAUGGAAGUUGAAUCUCCGGAUGAUGAUAGUAUUAACAUGCCGAAUUUGAGGAAGCCACUGAGCGGUCAGCUCUCCAUUCGUAUCUUGGCAGUGAAGGAUGUCGACCACUCGCCGCUGGGCCGCUUUUCCCGUGCCCCCGAGACUUUUGUGGCUGUGAAAGUUGAAGAUAACGUGGUGGCGCGCACGAGAGCCUCGAGAACAGAUAGAUGGGAAGCCGAGUUCCAUACCGUCGAAGUCGAUAAGGCAAACGAGGUGGAGCUUACAGUUUACGACAAGCCUGGCGAGCACCCCAUGCCAAUUGCUCUGCUCUGGGUCCGGAUCUCGGAUAUCGUCGAGGAGCUUCGCCGCAAAAGGAUCGAAGCCGAGACCAACACCAUGGGGUGGGUUUCGGCUGACCGUCUAGGAUCGGGUCCCAGGGCUCCUCCCCCGCAGUUUCCGAUGGGCUCACAGGGUCCCCAGUUCGCAGGGCCACCAACGUCCCCGGGGCAGCAACACCAAAGCACCAUGUAUCACGCGCCACCCCAGCAGGCCCCCGUCAUGUCCCAACCGAUCGAUGCUUGGUUCAACCUCGAGCCCACAGGUCAAAUACAUUUGAGUCUCAACUUCGCCAAGGAGAACAAAGAAUCCCGGCCGAUGGACCUCGGUCUUAACCGCAAGGGUGCUGUCCGACAGCGGAAGGAGGAGGUUCACGAAAUGUACGGCCACAAGUUCCUCCAGCGCCAGUUCUACAACAUCAUGCGCUGCGCCCUCUGCGGCGAUUUUCUCAAGUACUCGGCCGGCAUGCAGUGCGAGGACUGCAAGUACACGUGCCAUACCAAAUGCUACACCAGCGUCGUUACCAAGUGUAUCAGCAAAAGCAACGCCGAGACUGAUCCAGACGAGGAGAAGAUUAACCACAGGAUACCUCAUCGUUUCCAGCCCUUCUCCAACCUCACGGCCAACUGGUGCUGUCAUUGUGGCUAUAUGCUUCCCAUUGGGUCCAAGAAGAACUCAAGAAGAUGCACAGAAUGCAGUCUUACCGCUCACGCCCAGUGUGUCCACCUUGUCCCCGACUUCUGCGGCAUGUCUAUGGCUGUGGCAAACCAGAUCUUGGAAGGCAUUCGAUCCCAGAAAAAGAACCGGCAAACCUUAGGCUCGCCCUUGAGUGAGCGAACUCUCAGGCAAGGGGCCGGCAAGCAAGGUUCGAUGAGCACACAGGGGAGCUCAACAUAUGUCUCUUCAUCCUAUGCCCCAACCAUUGCGUCGCCUGAAGCAACAGAGGCCGCCAAGCUUAUGUACAGCCAUACCACUCCGCAGCGGCCCUCUGGCCCAGAACGAACUCAAACGUCCUCCUCGAUUGCCGCAUCGGCUGCAGCCGCGGCCGCGAUGGCCGCCAAGGCAAGCAGUCCUCAGCCUCAGCAGUCGUCUAUGGGUGCGAUCCCAGACUUUGGUCCCGGCCAUUACGGCUCCCAGAUCGGAUAUGGUGGUCGUCAAGACUCGCGGGAUGACGACCUCUAUGGUUCACCUGUGCAGCAACAAUCGCCGCAGCAACCACAGCAGCAGCCGUACGGCCAGCCACAGCAGCAACAGAGAAAAUACAACCCUGCGGACUAUGCAAACAUUGGCGCAUAUCCUACUCAACCCCAAGUGCAGAGUCGUCCGGCUCAGCAAGCCCAGCCUCAGCAGACAGCGCAGCAGCAAAUGUACCAGCAAUCACAACAAAUGCCGACAGUCAAACCUCAACUGGCGCCUGCUCCCGUAGAUGCCUUGGUGCCUUCGGCCUCGCGCGUGCCAGUCCCAACCAAGAAGCCACUGCCAUCCGCAACCGACCCGGGUACAGGGAUGCGGAUCGGCCUCGACAACUUUAACUUCCUGGCCGUCCUUGGUAAAGGCAACUUUGGCAAGGUCAUGCUCGCCGAGACCAAGGUAUCGCGAAAGCUCUACGCUAUCAAGGUACUUAAGAAGGAAUUUAUAAUAGAAAACGACGAAGUUGAGAGCAUUCGGUCGGAGAAGAGGGUCUUUUUGGUUGCCAACCGCGAGCGCCAUCCGUUCUUGACCAAUCUUCAUGCGUGCUUCCAGACCGAGACUAGAGUCUACUUCGUCAUGGAGUACAUUAGUGGUGGCGAUCUCAUGUUACACAUUCAGCGUGGGCAGUUUGGCACAAAGCGGGCACAAUUUUAUGCUGCCGAGGUGUGUCUUGCACUUAAGUACUUUCACGAAAACGGCGUUAUCUACCGAGAUCUUAAGCUUGACAACAUCCUUUUGACACUUGAUGGGCACAUCAAGGUUGCCGACUACGGUCUCUGCAAGGAGGAUAUGUGGUACGGCUCGACGACGAGCACGUUCUGCGGCACGCCAGAGUUUAUGGCCCCCGAGAUUCUUCUCGAUAAAAAAUACGGCCGGGCCGUGGACUGGUGGGCUUUCGGCGUUCUAAUCUAUCAGAUGCUGCUUCAGCAAUCGCCCUUCCGCGGCGAGGAUGAGGACGAAAUCUACGACGCUAUCCUUGCCGACGAACCUUUGUACCCCAUUCACAUGCCGCGCGACAGUGUGUCCAUUUUGCAGAAACUGCUCACGCGCGAACCGGACCAGCGGCUGGGGAGCGGGCCGACGGACGCCCAGGAGGUGAUGUCGCAGCCCUUCUUCCGCAACAUCAGCUGGGACGACAUCUACCACAAGCGCGUGCAGCCGCCGUUCCUGCCUCAGAUUAAGAGUGCCACCGAUACCAGUAACUUUGAUAGCGAGUUCACGAGCGUUACUCCGGUUCUUACCCCGGUGCAACGUGGGGUGUAAACCGCUGCUGUUCGCCCUUUGUCCUCGUCGGGUUAAUUAUGAGGGGGGAGGAUGGGACGUUCUCUACUCUUCUCUUCACUUCUAUCGUCCGUCUAUGCUUCCCCCCUUGCCAAACCCGAAGCCAAAGACAUCUUUUUUUAUCACUGGAUGGAUAUCUAAAUUUCUUCUAUUCGGGUCCCCCCAACGUUUGAGGCAGAAGGCCCGUGCCGCCUUGGCUUGCCCGUGGGCUAUGCAAUAACCAACGUCCACAUCAUUAGCCUACUACCGUAGAAAUUCGGGGGAAAAAAG